GAUGAACGUCCCAGCCGCGCUCGGGCCAUCGCACGUCAGCGACGUCGUCGCGACCAUGGAGCAGGCGCUGAGUCCGUACGAGGAGGUCCGCGUCGCGGGCGAAGCGACGCUGCAGCAGUGCAUGAAGCUGCCAGGCUUCGCCUGCCUCUGCCUCGAGGUGCUCAAGCAACCCGUCGGGGACGCCACACGCCUCAUGGCCGCGCUCUCGCUCAAGAACGCGGUCGCGAGCUCGUGGAUCACGCGCGGGUCGCGGCAAUUCAUGAUCUCAGCGGAAGAGAAGCUGCAAGUCCGGCGUGGCUUGCUCCAGCACACGGAGGAGACCAACAAGGCUGUGGCGACGCAACUCGCCGUCACGAUUGCUCGCAUUGCGCGCUCCGACUUUCCAAAGGAAUGGCCCGACCUCUUUGGCAUUCUUCGCGACCUCAUCCAGCAAGGCUCGCCGCUGCAACAGAUGCGUGCGCUACGGGUGCUCAAGUCGGUCGUCAAGGAGCUCGCCACGCGUCGGCUCAUGCCCCAGCGCGUCGUCUUUAACGAAAUGAGCGUCGUCGUCUGUCCGUUCAUUGCGCAGCUGUGGCAUCGCCAAGUGCAGCAGCUGCAGAAUGCGACCGAGAUGGAAGACGUGCUCACCAAGCUCCUCUUGAGCACCAAAGUGCUGCACCAUCUCGUCUUCUACGGCUUCAAGGCGCUCGUACCCCUCGACGUCGUGCCUUUUAUCUUUACCAACUUUUACCAAACGUUCCAAGCGCUGCUCGCCUUUACCCACGGGCUGCCGACCGACUCGCCGUGCCUCGCGCUCUCGUACCGCGUCUUGACAGCGCUGACGGGCCUCGUCGUCGCCGUGCAAAAGGAGCAUCCGAUCGAAUUCCGCGACUACCUGGGUCCCUUCCUCCAGACCUUUUACGCGACCUUGUCGGACCCGCGGACGUUUCCGGACAAGCUCGUCAUCAACAUGAUUUCGUACGUCACGAACGUCAUGGGCUGUCUUCUCUACCAGCAUUUGCCGUCGACGACCGGCAUCUCCAAGACGAUCAUCACGUCCGCCGGCUCGGUCGAGCUCAAUGACGCCAUGGUCACCGAGUGCCAGCAGCAGCUUGGCGGCUUCAUGCACGACACGGCGUUGCUCUCGACGCUCCUCGAACUCAUUGUAGUGCGGUACUUGCGCUUGACGCCGUUAGACAUCGAGCAGUGGGAGGAGGACCCCGAGGCGUUCAUCACGCUGCAAGAGUCGCUGUCGUCCGAGCUGUCGGUGCGAGCGAGCGCUGAAAUCCUCUUCCUCUCGCUUCUGCAAACCCACCGUGACGCCCUCACGCCGUGCGUCCUCAACAUGAUCGAGUCGGCAUCGUCUUGGCUGCGCACGCCGCCCGCCACCAAGAGCGACGACGACGACAUGGUGCUGCGCGUCGACGCGGUGCUGCUGGCCGCGGGCCUCGCGUCCUACGACCUCCACGAAUGCUUUGAUUUUGAGCCGUGGUUUCUCCAGACGCUGGUGCCGUACCUCCAGCAGCCGUCGACGAUGACGCUCCGUGGCGUGCCCGUCCUCUCGCGGCGCAUCGUGUGGCUCAUCGGGUGCUGGCUCGCGCAGCUCUCGGCGCAAGUGCGCCUUCCGCUCUACGAAGCCCUGCUUCAUUUGCUCGCCGCCGACAAUCGCGUCGCGGACACGUCGGUCAAGUACUGUGCCGUCACGACGCUCGAGUCGCUCGUGAACGACUGGGGCUUUCAGAGCAUGGACUUUAUGCCGUUCUUGUCGCGGGCCGUGAGUGCGCUCUACGCGUUUCUCAUGUCGGCGGACGUGGCGACGACCGAGACGCGCCUCAAGGUCCUCGGCUGCGUCGAGAGCAUCGCGCACAUGUGCUGUACGAGUUUGACGCCGGCGUCGCUCGUGCAGAUCGUGCAGCCGCUACCAACGAUCUGGGAGGCCGCCGCGUCGUCGGACGCCAACCUCCUCCGCGGCAAGGUCCUCUCGCUCCUCUGCCGCAUCAUGGAGACCGAAGUCGACUUCGUCUUGGACGCCGACUUGCAGACAAUGGUGCUCUCGGUGGUGACGUACGCGACCAACCCGAACGAGCCCGAGACCGUGUACCUCAUGGACCAAGGCCUCGCGCUCUGGCUUCGCCUCACCGAGGUGCUGGAAGUGUACGCGCCGCCGUGCCACAGCACGUUUGCCAACAUUGUCACCGCCUUGUCGCGGGACACGGAGCAUUUGCAUGCAGGCAUGACGCUCUUUGAAAACUACCUCGCGAUCGGCGGCACGACCUUUUGGUCCACGUAUGGACAGGACAUCGCGACGCUGCUGCACGGCUUGAUCGGCGCCGUCAAGCCCGAUAUGGCCCACAUGAUUGCGCGGUUUGUCGAAAAGCUGUACCGCCACUUGCCCGCGUCGUCGCUGACGCCACUCAACCCGGUCUUGGCGCGCCUCUGGGAAGCAUGUCUCGAAGACCCGCGCUCGGAGCCCGAACUUGUGCUCAUCUCGUACUUGACGGCACUCGCGACCGCGUCGCUGCAUGCGCCGACGCUCUUCUUUCGCGUGCUUUCGUCGGACGCGGCCGUCGCCAAGUACGCCGACGUGCUCCUCCACCUCUACUUUUCCGUCGCGUUCUCGGCUGUCGGCCCGUUGCGACGACGCACGUGGGUGUGUUCGCUCUGCAGCCUCCUCACGACGCACCCGGGCGUGGCGCUCGAGCGCCUCGGCCUGCUUUUGGAGGCCAGUAUCCACGCGAUCGAAGAAGAUGCCGACGCGGACGAGCCCGAGCCCGCGACUACGACGCGCAAGAGCCUCCUCAGCCAGUUCCGGGCGGCGGCGUCGGCCUCCCAGAUCACAGCGGCCUACAUCAAGCAGUACGUGUGUGCGCAGCUCAACCAGCUCGCGGUACUGGCAGGUGCCGACGCCUUUGGCCAAGCGAUGCAGCUCGUGGAGGCGUCGGUGGUGCACAAGAUCCAAGCGUUGUAA